AUGGCCCUUCCGCUCUCCUCCAAACGCUCUGCCAUCGCCGCCGCAUACCUGCCCGUCUGCGAUUUCCUCAUCCCCCGCCUGCACCAGCCAAUUCGAGCAGCCGGCCAAAUCCGGUGCCUCUCUGCAAGCCAGAGACAUCCUACAGCAAGAAGCACACAUAACAACGAUGGCGUCACCCCCUUAGAAAAAGAUGCGACCAUCAGGUCCGGGCCCGAAGCUGCCUCGAAUCCAGCUCCCCGCUCCGAGCCCUUAACCCAAGCCCAGCGCGAUUUCCUCUCCAGCGCACUCCGCGUCAACCAAGCCGGCGAACUGGCAGCGACUCUGAUAUACAAAGCCCAAACCCCCAUCGUCGUCUCCUCGAAUCCCACACUCCGCCCCCUGAUGCAACACAUGUUUGACCAGGAAGCUGGCCACUUCAGCACCUUCAACGCCCUCAUCCGCAAACACCGUAUUCGUCCUACGGCCAUGUAUCCGCUCUGGAAGCUCGCCGCCUCGGCCCUAGGCUGGGGUACAGCAAUUAUGGGCCGCGAAGCCGCCAUGGCGUGCACUGAAGCAGUCGAAACGGAAAUAGGGAGCCACUAUAACGAGCAGGUGGGCGUGCUUCUCCAAAUGGCCGAAACUAUGCGCGAGAACGGGGAGGAGAUAGGGCCAGAUUUAGAAGAGUUGAUCGAAAAUGUGAGGAAGAUUAGAGAUGAAGAGUUGGAACACCUAGAUCAUGCGGUCGAGAAUGAUGCGAAGAAAGCGGUGCCGCAUGAGCUGUUGACGGGGUUCAUACGGGCAGGGUGUAGAGCGGCGAUUAAGGUUAGUGAGAAGAUAUGA